CAUCAAAUUAUUUCUUAUUGUUUAACUGAAUGGUCAUCAAAAUGGAAUAUUGAAGAAAAUAGUGUUGAUCAAAAAUUUACUUUCAAUCAACUUUACAAACAAAAUAUUACUAGUCAACAAUUAUAUCUUUGGUCAGCACCUAUGGAUGUAGUUGAACGUUAUCAAUUCUAUUUAAAUCAUCUUUCAAUUUCAAAUCAAUCAUCUUUCAUGGCAACACAAUUAUUCUAUAAUUGUACAUUACCAAGAUUUGGUCCAUUAUGUCAAUAUUCAUUGGAUACGUAG